UGAGGAAUUCCCAUCUUCUUCUUCCUCCUUUUACUUUUCUGCUCAAUCAAACCCUUCCUUAGAAAGUUUCAUAGGAUGGGGGAAGUUCUUUUUGAGAAUGACCAAAUUAACAGUUCUCUACCGUGCUUAAUUAUCCCCUGAUUGGCUAUUCAUAUAGGGAACGACCGAUAGAAAUAUGGGUUCACAAAACUACACACCUAAUGCUUAUGUCAAAUUUUAUAUUUUUCCUCUACAAAUACUCAGUCAUAAUUUGGAGCUCUCCUCAAACUCCAUAGGAGAGGGGCAAAUCAACUACUUUUAUAACUCCUUAUAAUUUAUCUCUAGGAACCCAUCUUCAGACUUGAGCCAAUCGCUUGUUUGCCAAAUUUAGCUUAUCGCCUCCACAGAUCUGUUUGGCUCCCAAAACUUACGUCCAUCAUUUCUCACUAAUAAUAUUCACGGUGGAAAUUUUCCCUCUUACUUUUAUCCCUCUUGACAUUUCCUUUAUUGCUAUCUCAGUAAAAUUCUUCUCGUUUCAAUAACUAUCUUAAUCUCAAGUAUCCCUCAAUCUUCACGCACUCUCCUCUUUUAAAUUCUUCCUUUUACCCAAUUCCAUCUUCACAACCAAGGAAAAGAGAGAAGAUAACCCGAGGAAAAUAGAGAAGGGUCGGAGUUUCCCUUUACAAAACUUGUUUAAAAAUAAAAGAAUUGUGUAUAAACAUGCCUUCCACGGUUAAGAUAAUUUCCACCUUAUUCAUAGUCACCCUCCUCGUCACCUCCUGCAGAGCUGCGUCCCGCCCUGGUCCGACAGAAGCUCCGACCGCCGCUAGUCCGACCAACGUGCCCACCGCCGAUGUCAAUUUUGAGGGACAUACUUUCGACCCCAUGAUCGACCGACUUGAUCCCGCUCUUUUUGCCGCCAGCAGCUCCCACAAGGCGGUGGAUGGACAUGAUUCGGACGAGGAGGAUCUAUGUGUAGGGCUGGGAGAAAAUGAUUGCUUGACGAGAAGAAAUCUAGCAUCAGCUCAUGUCGAAUAACACAUCUGCACCCAGAAACAUAAUAAGCCAUGGAAGUUAGCAGUACUUCUCGAUCUUGAUAUAAUUAAUCCCAAAAAAAAAUUUCUUCCUCUUUGAUUUGGGAGUUUCACGAACUACACCAAAUAUAGGCAACCCCUAGCUUUUUUCCCCCCUCGCCUCCCCUUUAGUCACAUUUAUAUGUUGUAUUCUUACAUUUAAUCAACGAUCCCAUUAUGGUGCGGGAUUGUUCAGAAGUUGUGUUAAUUUGUUUCUCUUCUAUUAUUAGUUUUUCAUCAAAGGUUUAUAUUUUCGUACAAAGUCUCGAGUUUAUUGCAUGUUAUCGUUCGGUUGCGGAUUUAGGAUUUGACGUCCCAAAACAUUUUAAUAAUAAUAAUAAUAUAACAAAAUAUCGUACUUUUUUAUUCAUAUCAAUACAAAAUAUUAUUUGUAUUAAUCAAAGUCACUCAAAAAAGAACCUAAAAAAAUUAAAGCUUAUGAAGAGUUUCACUUUCUCUUGAUAACGAGUUCGAGCUAGUAGUAAGAAAUUCUAAAGUCAGAAUCUUCAAAUGUAUGAAUGAGGUCGAGUUCAUAUGAUUGGGGAGAUGAAUGACUCUCACCGAUCAAUUAGUCAAAAUAUUAAUUCGUCAACGAAUAUGCGUAGCUCAAAGGCAUACAAGAUAGAGUUUGAAGUUCAUGUAAGUGUUAUUGAGGAAGCUCGUCAAAAGGCAUACAAGAUAGAGUUUGAAGUUCAUGUAUAUGUUAUUGAGCAAGCUCGUAUAUGACGUCUAACUUAAAAGUUUAAAUGAAAGUGUUACCAAGAGACGGUCUAGAUUUUAUUCGAAGCUUCUGGUUCUUUGAUGUAUCAGAUAUUCUGAUUUACAUUAAUAAAGUUUUUUUAAAAUAUUUUGGAUGAUGGUAAUAUACUUUAAAUUUGAGG